GCACUGGAAGAGGGCGGGUGAAGGGGCGUCUUCGGGGCCCUGAGGAGUCUUCAGGGUUUGGAGGAGGGGCGUGAGUGCGCGGCAAAACGGGCGGGAAGGAGCAAAAAAGGAUUAGGGCGCGCGCCGUGGCGGUUCCUGUUCUCACAGUCGCGAGGCCCAGGAACCAGUGUUACGCGAGGGGAAGGCGGGACGCCCAGGUCGGUGUUAGGCCCAGACGAAUGCCCCCGUUUCCACAGCCCGCAUUCGCGUCUCUUUUCUUCCUCCGUGCUCCCCUCUCGCCCGGGCUGCGGGGCGAGCUGUGUGUAACGGGCCGCAGCGCCCGUCAGGCGUGGCCCGGGCCGGGGGCGCAGCCGGAGGGUCGCGGCCCGCUGUCCGCUGGCGGCUCGGGAUUCCGGGAAAUGUUGGCCGUCCCGCUGGGCUGUGGCGGGCGAGCCUCGGAGUCCGGGAGAGCUCAGUUCUUUGCUUCCGGCGCUGAGCCUGUACUCCCGGGGUCUUUACAGGGGUCUCCGUUUUGGCGAAACCUUUUGUUUUUCCUUUGUUUUUCUUUUUUGUUAAUGGGACCUGCGAUACGAGUAUUUUGUAGUGUCAGUGCUGCCGCUACGUGUGAAAAAUUUCUGGAAGUAUUGCUUUCAUAUCCUACGAUGAAUGCAAAUCGCAAAAUGCGUUGUAGACAUCCGCUUUGCGUUCGUUCACCUCUUUAAAGCGCCUACCGUGUGUCAAGGGUCAUCUUUUAAGCAUGCAGCUGAACUUGGUUUUUUCAAUUUGAGAGUAUCUUUUAACAGCUCUCAGGGCCAUUUCUGAGCAUUAGAUGUUACAAGUACUCCACUGAACAACCAGUUCCAAAUCCCGUCCUCAAAUCCUGUGCUCCUGUUCCAAAUGGUAAUAGAUGCCUAAUAUUUCUUUUAUAUAAAAGAAAUGAGUAUAGCUAGUAUUGCAUUAAGAGUUGAAACCUGGCUUUUAGCUACAUGGCAUGUUAAAGUGCCUUUAAUGUGGCUGGAAGCUUGUAUUAACUGGAUCCAAGAAGAAAAUGAUAAUGUUAAUUUGAGUCAGGCGCAAAUGAAUAAACAAGUGUUUGAGCAAUGGCUCCUUACUGAUCUGAGAGAUUUGGAGCAUCGUCUUUUACCUGAUGGCAUUUUAGAAGUUCCAAAAGGAGAACUGAAUGGAUUUUUUGCUCUGCAGAUUAAUUCAUUGGUUGAUGUAAGUCAACCUGCGUAUGCCCAGAUACAAAAGUUGAGAGGAAAGAAUACAACCAAUGACCUAAUUACAGCUGAAACACAAGUAACCCCAAAACCUUGGGAAGCAAAGCCUUCACGAAUGUUGAUGCUACAGCUUACUGAUGGAAUUGUACAAAUACAGGGGAUGGAAUAUCAGUCUAUUCCAGCUCUUCAUAGUGAUCUUCCUCCAGGUACAAAAAUUUUGAUUUAUGGAAACAUUUCUUUCCGUCUUGGUGUUCUCUUAUUGAAACCAGAAAAUGUGAAGGUGUUGGGAGGAGAAGUAGAUCCUCUUUUAGAGGAAUAUGCCCAAGAAAAAGUUCUUGCAAGAUUAAUUGGGGAACUUGAUCCUAUAGUUCCAGUCAUACCAAAUCAUUCUAACCAAAGCAUCCCCAGAAUUACAGAUGUUCUACAUCCUGCAUUAGGACCUUCUGAUGAAGAACUCUUGGCAAGUCUUGAUGAAAAUGAUGAGCUUGCAGCAAAUAACACCUCUUUGGAAAGAAGUUGUUUCAGCACAGGUAGUUCUUCAAAUACUGUUCCCAUCAGACAGUCAGAUUUUGAACCAGGACUUGUUAUUUCUCCAAGACCAAAGGAGAAACCACAAAACCAGUCUAUGCUCUUUACUGAUGAGGAAUUAGAUGACUUUUCAUUGGAGGAGGCCUUGCUUUUAGAAGAAGCUGUCCAGAAAGAACAAACAGAGACCAAAGAAUUACAGCCACUGACUUUGAACAGAACUGUAGAUGAAAGUAUAGAGAGAUUUUCACAUAGAUCUAAUACUCUGAAUAAUUUUUCCUUGAUUUGCAAAAAUGGAAAUAAUAAUUGGAAUGAAAAAAAUUUAUCUGAGCAAAUAACUAAUGAAGACAAAUCUUUUAGUUGUCCAUCUGCUAGAGACCAAAACAGUAGUAUUGUUUCAGUUAAUCAUAAUGUACCCUUACCCCAUAAUUUUACAAAUAAAGAUAAGAACUCAGAGACAUAUAAUAAAAUAAAACAAACCAGCAGUUCAGAUGGACAUUCCUUAAAUAAUAAAAUAUUAAACGGAGAGCUGGUCAAUUAUGUACCAAAAAGUUGUUCACACAUUUCUAAUAAAAAUGAGCACCACUUACAAACUUGUUCUUCAAUAUCAGAGAAUAGCACUAAUCUUUCUAUCACCAUGGAUUUAUAUUCUCCACCUUUUAUCUAUUUGUCUGUUCUAAUGGCCAGCAAACCAAAGGAAGUUACAACAGUGAGAGUCAAAGCAUUUAUUGUAACCUUAACUGGAAAUCUCUCAACUUCUGGUGGCAUUUGGAGUAUAACAGCAAAAAUUUCUGAUGGUACUGCAUAUCUAGAUGUAGACUUUGUAGAUGAAAUACUUACUGGUCUGAUAGGGUUUUCAGUACUAGAAAUGAAACAGUUAAAAAAGGAUCCUUGUAAAUACCAAAAGUUCCUGGAAGGUUUGCAGAAAUGUCAGAGAGAUCUAAUAGAUUUGUGCUGUCUAAUGACUAUUUCAUUGAAUCCCUCCUUGUCUAAGGCAACGGUACUGGCAUUACAAGAUGUUAACGUGGAACACCUUGAGAACCUAAAGAGGCGAGUAAAGAAAUAAUUUACUAGCAAACAAUUUAAAACAAGGAAAUAUUUAGAAUUAAAUUUGUCCUUUUACUUUUGCAACUUUCUUUUUGUAAAAGGGGAAAAAAGUUUCAUAACUGAUUUCAGUCUAAUUUUAAAACGUUUAGUUAUGUUUGUGUUUGUAAGUUUUUUAAAUAAAUUUUUUUAUAGUAA